AUGUCUUUUGAGCUAGCUGGGUCCAUGUCGGAUCUUUCCUUAGAGCAAUCCCAAAGUAAUGAAUUGAAAAAGGGUAAGUCCAAGAGACCAACAAGGGCUUUUCAUACUUUCUCAGGCAACCCUGUGCAAUCUUCUCCAACUACGAACAUGUAUGCAUUUCAAUCAAAUUACCAAACUCCAAAAGUUGCAGACAACAAUGGAGUUUUUACGCCAAAGAGGGUUGAAAGCCAGACUGUUAAUUCACCAGUAUUGCAGUAUGGUAACCCUCCUAGGACACCAGUAAUGGGUGGUAAUGCUUCUCCAAGAGCACACUCACCAGGUUAUUUUUUCCCCAAUGGCAAUAACGAAAAUGUCUUCUCUCAUAUUGUUCCCACUCAACGUUGGGAAGAGCAACUUCGUUAUUUGACUAAAGCAUUUGAUACCACAAGGGACUCGGUUCCGCCAUCGUCUACCACUGAGUUUUACUCUAGCGACUCUGGUUCGUGUGAUCCUCGAUUGAUGCAAUUGUCCAUGUAUAACAUCCCCGAGGAUCAGCAUUUGAGAGCAGCAACUAAAUUGCCUUUGGGUGUUACUAUUCAGCCUUUUGCUGAUAUUACACCAGGCUCUGUUCCAGUUUCUGGUGAUGGGAUAGCUGCAGAUACUAUGAAGAAUUUAGAAGGUCCAAUGAGAUGUAAACGUUGCCGUUGUUACAUCAAUCCCAAGUUUCAAUUUAACUAUGAUUCGAAGGCGAUUUGUAAUAUUUGUCAAAUUAAGCAGCCAGCACCUUAUGAUUACUCCAGUGCUGUUGGUCCAAAUGGGCAAAGAACUGAUGCAGAAAUCAGGCCUGAAUUAUCUAAAGGCGCUGUCGAUUUCAUUGUUCCACCUAUCUAUAAUGCACACCCAGAUAAACCAAGUGUACCAUUGCAUUAUGUCUUUUUGAUAGAUGUUACAUCAUUAGCAAAUGAAAAUGGUAGUUCUUUGGCUGUCAUUGAAGGUAUCAGAAGCUCUGUUGACUACAUUAUCGAAAAUCAACCAAACUGUAAACUUGCUAUCAUUGCAUAUGACAACAAAUUGAAGUUUUUCAAUCUGAAACCUGAAUUAGAGACAGCCCAAGAGUACGUGAUUUCAGAAUUAGACGAUGUAUUCCUACCUUUCUAUAAUGGCUUAUUUGCAGACCCUGCUGAAUCUAAGCAUGUCAUUGACCAAACUCUAAGUAGAUUGGCUGCUUUUAUUACUAACGACAAGUACUACCACGUUCCACAGGCCUGUUUCGGGUCAGCUAUUCAGGCUGCGAAAUUAGCAUUGAAAACCUUCACAGGUGACGAGGGUGGUAAAGUUGUGUGUUCUUUGAACUCACUACCAACAAUCGGUAAUGGUAACUUAUAUUUAAAAAAGGACAAUGCACAUGUUCAUCAUAUGAGAUGUGAUAACGACUUUUACAAAAAGCUUGCACAUGACCUAUUAGCCAGCUAUGUUUCCAUAGAUUUAAUUGUUACAAGUGGUGGUUUUGUUGAUUUGACUAAUGUCGGUCAUCCAACUCUAGUUACUCACGGUUCUCUUAAGUACUAUCCACACUUUAUACAACAGAAUGACGAGGCGAGAUUGGUCCAAGAUAUGGUAUCAAAUAUUGCUAAUACAGUUGGUUACCAAGCUGUGUUAAAACUACGUUGUUCCACUGGUGUCGGUGUGGACAUGUACUAUACAGAUGCAUCUGGCUACACUGAUAAAGAUGUGAUUCUUCCUGUUUUAACCAAAGAUACGACCAUUGAUGUGCUUCUGAAAUAUCAAGAAAAGUUGAAGGCCGGUACCGAUAUACAUUUCCAAUGUGCUUUGUUGUAUACUGAUGUGCAUGGUAUCAGAAAAGUUCGUUCCUUGAAUACUAAUGGUGCGGUUUCAAAUAAUGUUCGUGAAGUAUUUAAGUUCGUGAAUCAAAAUAGUGUUUUGCGUAUCAUUGUAAAGGAUGUUAUCAGGACGUUAGGCGAUUGUGAUUUCGCAGCUAUAAGAAAGUCUCUCGAUACCAAACUGGUCGAUAUUUUGACCCAAUACAGAGGUUUGGUUAGCGGCAACAGCUCUUCUCAACUUGUUUUACCUGACUCACUAAAGACUCUACCAUCUUAUAUUUUGAGUUUCCAAAAGCAGGAUUUGAUGAAACCUAACCAACAAAGCACUCGUGGUAAUGAGAGAGUGUAUGAUUUGAUCAGAUAUGAGACAAUAAACCCAGCGGAGCUACUAUACAAAUUAUACCCACAAAUAAUUCCAAUGCAUGUUUUGCUGGAAGAAAAUGAUUUCUCUUUUUACGAUGCUAAUGAUAAACUAUUACAGAUUCAAGAGGAUUCUCUUGAUGAAGUAUCUGUCCGUAAUAUGCAUUCAAACUUGACAGAUGGAGGUUGUUACUUGAUCUUCAAUGGUGAUUCCGUGUACUUGUGGUUCAAUGUGCACACUAAUAGAUUAUUGUUGCAAGAUCUUCUUGGAAUUGACCCAGAUUUCCCUAUCAAUCAAAUAACACUCUAUGGGGGUAUGCUACCUGAGACAGGUACAGAGAUUAACAACAAGGCAUUUAAUUUGAUUAGAUAUUGGGGCCAAAUGGUUAAUAAGAAAUCUCUGCCAAUUAUUCCAUUGAGACCAAACAUUGAUCAAUAUUACAGCUCUAUUAUCAGUCAGGUAUUAUGUGAGGACAAGAGUAUCAACAUGAUCGAGAGUGGUGACAAUUAUUUCGUUGCUUUGCAUAGGCAAAUUCAGGAGAAAUUGAAGAAGGAAGAUUACAUCAAGAUCUCCACGAAGAGUCGUGGUGGAGACGAUAUCCACCAAAAAUUUGUUCAAUUUUAA